AUGGCGGAUUCAUCAUAUAUCGCGCCUGAAGCCGACAUGGCGCCAAGCUCCUCCCCGGAAACUGGGUUUUCGGGAGGAAGGACCGCCCUUGCUGGCCCAACUGGAGAGAAUUGCGGCCAGUAUCAGAUCCAAACUUCCCGAAGCCCAAGCACGGAGUAUGAUCCGACCGGAGAUGGGAUCGUGGAAUAUUCACCUUCAGAGGACGAAGAGGAGGAAGACGACAUCGACUCCUCAUUCUUGUCCGAAACAAAAUGGUUCGCUGCAAGCCCAUGUUCAGAAGGAAGCACACCCCCGACUGAGUACGUCGCUUCAUCCAAAUCCACGACUCCGGUCAAGAAGACUCCCGCCAAGAAUACUCCGCCCAGCUCGCCUCCUACCAAGGUGAAGCUCGAACUCAAGGGAACGCCCCCGGCCCAAGUCCAACAACCCAAGAAGCGAUACCUCACGGCCUCACCCCAUAGAUCUCUCACGAAGACAUCAUCAAAGCCAAUCCUGGUAGACUUCCACCCUCGCAACUCCAGCCUCGAGCAAAUCCAAGCUCUCAGAGCGCGCCUUGACAUGGGCCAGGAACUCGUCUACAAGACCCAGGUAAACCUCCUCCACUGGCAAAACAACAUCGAGGCCCAAGUCAAGGACCUAAAGGAAGAAGUCCGAAACACCAACAUCGAGACGAAGAAGCGCCAGGACAAGCUCGAAGACCAACAGGACCAGCUCGAGGAGAAACACGAGGUGACUGACUCCCGCAGUGCCAGAAACGAGCGUCGCCUCGCAGAGGUCGAGAUCACCAUCGAGGAUGUCAUCGGCAAGCCUCCCAAUCUGCCCGGCCUCUUUCCGCCUGGACACUCGUCGUACUUUAGUGGACCGACGAGUCCCAGCCGUAUCCCGGGAGCCUGGGGCCCCCGAAGCAGCCGCAGCUCGCGCACAUCGCGGACGGGCUCGGCGGCUCCUCUCCCCAGCAUCGAGAUGAGCGAUGCGGUCAAGGCUAUCAAGCCAACCUUGGGCGGUCGCUCUUUCUGCUCCGUGGACACUGUCUCUCCCCCGACCCUGUCCCCUUCGACAGGUUCUAAGAGAAAGUCUGCGGACCUGGAGUCUGACGAAAAGGACGCCGAGGUCAGAAGCGCGAAGAGGCAAAAAAAGAACAAGACAGCGAGCAAGGCCACAAAGCAGCCGGCGAAGAACAAAUCCGCCAACGCAACCAAGACCGCACCCAAGAAGACUACCACCCCGCCGCAGUCACAGAAGUGCAAGGCGGAGAAGGAGUCCGAAGAGGGCGGCGGCAAAGAUACGCGAAAGAAGAACUCGGACAAUGAGGACACUCGACCUUCUAACAAGAGGCCGGCCAACACGGCUAGCAUGAUCCCGAAUUGCGGCUACCAGCCCAUGAACCUUGCCCCCCUUCCCAAGGAGAUAGAAACAGCGCCCAAGGACCGGAAGCGCAAGGCAGAAGAUGAGGUCGAAGAGGACGGCAAAGAUGAGGGAGAGAAGAACCAAGACGAUGAGUCUGGCAAGAGGCCCAUCAAGAAGGCCAGAACGACCAAGAAGUCCGACAUCAAGCCCAAAAAGACUGCUUCCACAUCCAAAAAGACGACUACCAAGCCCAAGGGCCAGAAGAGCAAAGUAGAGGAGGCCCAGAAAGAGAACGUUGAAAAGACCGAGACGGAGGAAAGCAAGGAGACAGAGGCUAAGCCGGACGAGGAGAAGAAGCCUGUCAAAGCUCCGAAGAAGAGGACUGCCAAGCCCGUCAAGCCGGCGGUGCCAGGGACCCGAACUGGCCUUCGCAGUCAGAAGACGGAGGCUGCUCCCGCUUAG